AUGGUUCUCUUCAAUCGUCUGGGGCUGGCUGACACUCCUCGGGAGGCCUUCAAUUAUCGGCUGUUUUGGUCUGUGGGAGUCUUCGGUAUCCUUGGAGCGGGUAGAGGAAUUGACGAGGGCCUAGUUGGUGGCAUGAUCACGAUGCGAAGCUUCAAAGACGAGUUUCCAUUAGAAGUAGGUUCUGCUGAAGAGAUCGCCAACCGUGAGUCCACUAUCACAAGUAUGGUGCAACUUGGCUCUAUCGGCGGUGCUCUGUUGGCGUUUCUUCUGUGUGAUCGAAUCGGUCGUGUGAGGUCGCUUCAAGCUCUUACCCUACUUUGGGGCCUCGGCUUCGUGAUUGUCAUUACCAGCUUUGGCAACAUUGGACAGAUUCUCGCUGGCCGAUUUUUGGCCGGCCUCGGGGUUGGUAUGACCACUGUGGUUGGCCCGACAUAUUUAGCAGAGGUUGCUCCCAAGGCAAUUCGUGGUAUGUUGACAAAUAUCUUUGCUGGUGCUGUGUACUUCGGUGUCAUGGUUGCCUAUUUCGCGAAUUGGGGUUGCUCUGAGAAUAUCUCGGAUGCUUCGCGUUCUCAGUGGGUUAUUCCACAAUCGAUUCAUAUCAUGUUCGCAGGAGUCAUCUUCCUUGCAUCUUGGACCGUCCCAGAAAGUCCUCGCUUCCUUGUAAUGAAGGGAAAAGAUGAAGAAGCUCUUACGAAUCUUUGUACACUACGUCAGCUCCCUAUCGAUCAUCCAAGUAUCAGUUCUGAAAUUCUCGACGUCCGUGAUCAGCUGGAACGGGAACAGGAAAGCACCCGAGGCUCUUCAUUCUACGGCAAAGUAAAGGAACUUGUCACGGUCCCGGCAAACCGCUACCGUUUGAUGCUGGGCAUUAUGUCGCAGCUACUCGGGCAAUGGUCUGGCGCGUCAGCAAUCACCAUUUACGCAACUAGCUUCUUCGCUGCACUUGGUAAAACUGGCAGAAGCGAACAGCUUUUCGCCACAUGCAUCCUUGGUGUUGUUAAGUUUUGUUCCGCCUACAUUUGUGCAUUCUUCCUCGUUGAUUUCUUCGGCCGUCGUCGCUCCCUUUACACGGGAAUCCUAUUGCAAACCGUUUCAAUCUGCUAUAUUGCCAUUUACCUGGCCAAGGUUCCGGCCUCGGCGCAUGUUGAUGCUGAUACAGGCGGCAUUACGGGGUCUGCUAAACGCGCCGGCAUUGGCGCCAUCGCAGCUAUCUAUCUUUCUGGCUUUGGCUGGGCAAUGGGCUGGAACUCAUUCCAAUAUUUGGUCAAUGCGGAGAUAUAUCCCAGUCGUCUGCGCGCCAUUGGCUCAUCCCUCGUUAUGUGCAUCCAUUUUGCCAACCAAUUCGGCAACACAAAGGCUGUUCCUAGCAUGGUCAUUGCCAUGACGAAUUACGGCUUCUUUUUCUUUUGCACUGCAGUUUGCGUCCUGGGCUUACUGUGGGUUUGGUUCUUUGUUCCUGAGACUGCAGGAAGGAGUCUUGAAUCAAUGGAUGCAUUAUUCUCCCUGCCUUGGCACCAAAUUGGCCGCCAUGGGAAAGAUCUUUCUCCUGGUGGUAUUGACCACUUCAACGAUAAUGAUUUAGAGAAACCUACCGUGGUUCACCGCGAUUGA